AUGCCAGCCCAGCCGAAGAUGAUUUACCUCCCAGAGACCAUGGCCAAUUGGCCUUGGCCGAGAUAUAUUAACCCCCACUACGAGGAAGUCAAGGCCGAGUCGGACGCAUGGUUCAAAGGCUUCAAACCAUUCACAAAACAGUCGCAGAUUGCUUUCGAUAAAGGCGAUUUGGGUACACUUGCUUCUCUCGCAUACCCAUGGGGCUCGAAGGAGCACCUACGCACCGGCUGUGCUUUGAUGAACGUCUUCUUUGUUAUUGACGAGUACACUGAUGUCGAGAGCGCAUCCAUUGUCCGUGACAUGGUCGAUAUGGUCACCGACGCGAUCAACAAUACGCACAAAGCGCGCCCGGAGGGAGAGUGUCGUCUUGGUGAGAUUACGAGACAGUUUUGGGAGAGGGCAAUAAAGACCGCCACACCCAGCUCGCAGAAGCAUUUCAUAGAAGCUUUCACCGACUGGCUCAACUCUGUUGUCGGACAGGCCACCGAUCGUGACAACAACCACAUUCGCACCAUAGACAGCUACCUGAAAAUACGGAGGGAAAAUGCCGGCGCGCGCCCGGCGUACUUCCCAGCCGAGUUGGGGCUCAAUUUACCGGAUGAUGCAUUCUACCAUCCCGUUGUCACCGAGCUAAAGCAGGCAACGGGAGACGGCAAAUACAACAUCCUCACCGUCGUCAUGCACCAAUUCAACAUUGAUUUGGAGGCCGCAAUGGCGUGGGUGGCGAGCUACCACAAGGGUGUUGAGAACAAGUUUCUGGACGGGAUGAGGAAGUUGCCAUCAUUUGGACCUGCUGUCGACAGAGAGCUCCAGGAGUACGUCCUCGCUCUGGCGAUUUUUCCUCGCGCAAAUGACUGCUGGAGUUUUGAGAGCGGACGCUACUUCGGGACCAAGGGACUACAAGUCCAGAAGACUCGUUACGUCCCUUUACUUCCGAAGGGCCAACCUAGAGCAGAAAAGGAAUCAGCGACAGGGGCCAGCGGAUGUUCUCUCUUGGCGCUCAACGACGAUGUUCUCCUGGCUAUUGUCUCAUUUCUCUCGCAAGAGGAUGCCCUGAAGCUUUCGUGCACCGCACGGGGUAUCCGUAGCAUCGCCAUGCGCCAGGUGAAUCCCAAGCUCAGGAAGCUUUCCAUGUCAAUGUCACAGGGUGAUUUGGACCCUAUGGAUGUUUUCGAGGGUUUGACACACCUGAGCAACCUUCAAAUACUCGCGAUCAGCGACGCCUCUCCUCGAGGGGAGGGACGGAGGCCAGAAUCACAAAGGAGCCGAAUUCCCGUCGUACCAUCUAUAAAAAGACUUGACCUCAUCUACUGUCGAGAUGUCUCCGGACUGAGGCUGUCGCCUGUCCGGCUCUCGUUCACCAUAGGGACGUGCACGCCUUCGUUCUGGGAAACGCUACUUGGCAACUUACCGAGGCUCCGUGCUCUUGAAGUGAGAUUGAUAGAUCUACGCUUGGAAGAUCUGGGAGAAGUGACACUCAUUCAAUGGACGAUGUUUCAGGAGAAUAUGUUACGUUUCCUUCGUCCCGCUCGUAUCGCCUGCCUGAAGAUUCAGACAAACACCAUAACCUGUUCUGUGAAUAAGACUUCACUGCGGAUCGCCAUGGAGCCAGAGAGGUUGCAUUCGUUACCCCGGCUCGUCGCCGAAAGCAUUCCGUCGAUGGAGCUCUUUGCAGUCGGCCUUUAUCUUCAGCCGAAUCCAUACUUGACAUACUGGACGCGGAUCCGUGUUAACGGGGACAAUCAGCGUGUCGUAGAAGCCAUCGACUCUACCGUGGAGCUCCUGUUUUACUCAAUAUUAGCGAUUGUCCGUUAUGUUCGUAUCCCCUUCAAUGCCGACAUUGUACACUCUGAAGCGUACAAUGUCGGCCGCUUUCACGUUGCACUCAACAGGCCGGGUCGUGUUCUGAGACAUGGCGAGGCGCCCAACGCCACUGCCACAUAA